CCUUCCCUUUCAUUCAUUCUCCACUCUCCUCAAACUCUCUCUCUCUUAUUACAAAGUACAAACACCCCCCUUUCCCCAAUUCCCAUCAACCUCUUCGUUUCUUCCUGCUCUCUCUUGAAGAGGGGCUCAUCCCUUUGCGCGUGUCCCGUUCUCUUCUCCAAUCCUCCUCCUUCACAGUGUAUUCAUAUAACCCUUUUAUAGUACUACUAUGGAGGUUAAGCUAUGGAAUGACAAGCGCGAGAGGGAAAUGUAUGAUAACUUUGCUGAGCUCUAUGCCAUUAUCAAAGCCACUGAGAGGCUUGAGAAAGCCUAUGUUAGGGAUAUAAUCUCACCACAGGAGUAUGAGUUAGAGUGCCAGAAGCUAAUUGCGCAUUUCAAAACACUGGCUUCCACGCUCAAAGACACUGUCCCUAGCAUUGAGCGGUUUGCAGACACUUACAAGAUGGAGUGCCCUGCUGCCAUUAACCGGCUUGUGAUAUCCGGUAUUCCUGCUACGGUGGAGCAUCGGGCAGCGGCUGCUGCCUCUACAUCAACCUCGGCUGCCAUUGUAGCUGAGUGUGUGCAGAACUUUAUUACGGCUAUGGAUUCGUUGAAGCUUAACAUGGUGGCUGUGGAUCAGGUGCACCCACUGCUUUCGGACCUUUAUGCUUCCCUCAAUAAGUUGACGAUCUUGCCACCUGAUUUCGAGGGGAAAACAAAGAUGAAGGAAUGGAUUGCGAGGUUGUCGAAGAUGGGGGCAGCUGAUGAGUUGACAGAACAGCAGGCUCGGCAACUUCACUUUGAUCUUGAGUCUUCUUACAAUUCCUUUAUGGCAGCUCUUCCCAAUGCCGGUACAUGAUUGAGUUUGGGGAUGCUUGUAAAUUAAAUUGAGAUUUCUUUUUGCCUUCCUUUUUUUGUUUACUAAUUAUGUUGAUUAAAGAGGAAUUUCCUAUUUGGUCA